GUGAAAUUAGUGAGUGAGGUCAAGCAGUCAACAAACUUCCCCGUCAUAUCUGGGCUUCCGAUACUAAAACGACAUCGUCUGGACGAGUAUGACGGACGGCUCCAUGCGAGCUCUCGUAGGAUCCAUACACUCUUGUCCUACUCAGGCCGUUCUCUACAUCGCCGGCGGCGCCUCGCAGGCGUUAGGGUUGUUGUUGUCGGUCCCCGGAGCAUCAAAUACGGUACUGGAAGCCGUAGUUCCGUAUUCUGGAAUGUCCAUGAUUCAAUUGCUCGGCAAGGUUCCAGCUCAAUUCGCUAGUGCCGAGACGGCGGAGGAAAUGGCACUCUUGGCUUAUAAUAGAGCUUUAAAGCUUUCUAAACCAGGUUCUCCUGUUCUGGGAGUCGGUUUUACUGGUUCUCUAGCUAGCACACGCCCCAAACUAGGAGAUCAUAGGUUUCACUUGUCAACUAGAACAUCUGACCAGCUUUGGGUAUCAACGGUUACUCUGUCAAAGGGUUUGCGCACUCGUGAGCAAGAAGAAACAGUCUCAAGCCAGUUCUUACUCAAGGGAAUUGCCAAGGCUUGCAAGGUUGAGGCAACCUAUGUUUCUGAGCUAAAUGAAUCUGAAGUUCCUGAUGAAUAUGAAAGCAAAUUUGAUGAAGAUCAAGAAUUAGAGCAAGUUAUAAAUGGACAGAUUUGCUUUAAGGUCUAUCCCUUUUCAAGUGAUAUUGCUAAUACGAAACGGAAGAUUAUUCUAUCUGGUUCCUUUAAUCCUUUACAUGAAGGUCACCUAAAGCUCUUGGAUGUUGCUAUUAGCAUAUGUGGGGAUGGAUACCCGUGCUUUGAAUUGUCCGCCAUAAAUGCUGAUAAACCUCCUUUGACAGUAUCUCAAAUCAAAGAACGUGUCAAACAGUUUGAAAGAGUUGGAAAAACAGUCAUAGUAUCUAAUCAGCCAUAUUUUUACAAGAAAGCAGAGCUCUUUCCUGGCAGUGCUUUUGUCAUUGGUGCAGAUACAGCAGUGAGAUUAAUCGAUCCGAAAUACUAUGGGAACGAUUAUGCAAAGAUGUUGGAGAUACUCAUCGGGUGCAAAAACACUGGAUGUGUUUUCCUUGUUGCUGGCCGAAACGUAGAUGGUGUUUUCAAGGUACUCGAGGAUUUUGACGUACCAGAGGAGCUGAAAGGCCUGUUCAUUUCCAUACCAGCAGAUACAUUCCGCAUGGACAUUUCAUCAACUGAAAUUAGGAGAAGUCGAGGAAUGUGAGAAUUCUUGUCGCGUAAAUUUUUACCCAGAGCUAUAUCUUGGCUUGUGCCUGUUUAAAAUAUUUAUUGUAUCUAGAAAUGAUGAAGGACUACACAGUCUCAUUGUACCCCAAAUUGUUCAAAUAAGCUGGAUAGUGUGUGAAGAAAGAGUAGGAAAGUAAUAGAAUUAACACCUAAAGAAAUUUACAGCUGAGAAGAAUCCUUGUAAACUCAAGUCUUACGUUCUGUACUUGUAUGCAAGAUCCAUGGUGGUGUUUGGGAAAUGUCUCUUGGCCUGUUGAGUUCUUAUUCCA